GGGAGUCCUCUCAGCUGAGCGUGUCAAUGUGUGUGAGGACAUGAAGAGAACAUGAGGACAGAAUAACAGCUGCUGUGGAUGUACAGUCUGUUUGUGAUGGACUAACUGUGUCUGUGAAGCCCCUGUGGAUUAAAAGCGGCCUGCUGGUCAAUAUUUGGUGGUGUCUCUUCCUGACUUGGAUACCAAUAUGGGGAACGGAUUAUCAGACCAUCACUUCCCCUGCCUGCCAUCGUUCCAGGCACUCCACAUCGUCAUCCUGGGUCUGGAUUGUGCAGGAAAGACCACCGUGCUGUACCGCCUGCGCUUCAAUGAGUUUGUGAACACUGUCCCUACUAAAGGUUUUAACACAGAGAAGAUUAAAGUGUCCCUGGGAGGCAACAGGCGGACAGCUUCCUUCCACUUUUGGGAUGUAGGAGGUCAGGAGAAGCUGCGGCCCCUGUGGCGCUCUUACACCCGCUGUGCCGAUGGCAUUGUGUUUGUGGUGGACUCUGUUGACGCUGAGCGAAUCGAGGAGGCCAAGACGGAGCUGCACAAGAUCACACGGCUUGCAGAGAAUCAGGGCGUGCCGGUACUAGUGGUGGUGAACAAGCAGGACUUGAGAAACUCGCUAACACUGGCGGAGAUGGAGAGCAUGCUGGCUUUAGGUGAGCUCAGCACGGCAACGCCCUGGCACCUUCAGCCAGCGUGUGCGAUCAUUGGCGAGGGCCUGCAGGAGGGUCUGGAGAAGCUGCACGCCAUGAUCAUGAAGAGGAGGAAGAUGCUGCGGCAGCAGAAGAAGAAGAGAUGAUGUGGGGACUAAAAUCGUGAGCUGGAUCUAAAGCUGCAGUAUCAGUUGGUCGACCUUUGACCUCUGAUUGCCUGAGUUUGAUCCCUUUGGUGGGGCUGUGUGUUCAGGUCAGCCGGGGACAGUGGGAUUGAUUUUGCCCCGUGGACUCUGGAUGUCAACAGCAACAGGUCAAACCACGUAAACAAAGUCCAGAGCUGUGCUGCUGUGAAGUUUACUGAACUCUCUAAGUGAGCUCUGACUCUGUUUCUGUAAAAAUAUGUGCUGCUUAGCUGUUCAGAAACAAUCAGUCUUUAUAUUUGUACUCUACCAAAGCUUGUCUAAAGAGAGCAGACAGUAUUAGAGCAAAGUGAUCAGAGUAUUUUGUAUCAGUGUUGCACAAUAGGAGAGAGGCCCAGAAGUUUACACACAGUGUAGUGACUCAUUUAGGACAGGAAGCACAAUGUGGCCCUGAACACGUAAACACAGCUCAGAGUGGACGUUAAUGAUAGAGACAAUGAUUCAGAUGAUUAGCAGUGGACCUUCCUUCCUGUGGACAGAUAAAGAGGAAUGAUGAGAUAAGCUGAGUGAAGUCACACUAAUCAGUCUUAUCUCUGUUUUAGUGUCAGUCUUCUAAAUGAGACAGAAGCAGAGUGAUGGAGAUGUCAUGCCCACAUCUUCUUGUUGGGACCUUUGUGUUACAGUUAUUAAUGCAUUACCCUGUGUUGAGAGAUAAAUAUAAAUGCUAACAUUGACAAUCAUGCUAAUGUUAGCUGUUUACUGCCAAGACAAUCAAUAUUGAAUCAAAAUAGUUUUGUAGUUAAGAGAAUAAUCUUAAACAUGGUCUUCAAAAAGUCGCGAUCACAUGGUUUGUAACUAUCGAAUCUAACAUUGACUUCAAAUUAUCCCAGACAUUUUCUGCUGUUAGCUCCCAAAUACAAAUCUUAUAAACACCUAUAUUAUCUUUAAUACUUUGCAAGCUAAAACUGAUCUCCAGGCACUAAUAGCAAACUAAUUUUAUGCUAACAUGUAGUAGUUCGCCACCCAGCUAACAUUGGCAUAAUUUGCCCCUCUUGUUGUCACAGUGUAGAGUACCAUGCCGGGUGCAUAGCCAAAAAAUCAAUGUGCAGCUAACUAGAAGUCACCCGUUAGCUAAUAUUUCCAUCACUUGUCACAAUGACUGAGACUAAUUUGGCUAGCAUUCUUGCUAAAAAAGUGCUUCUUUUAAACUGUUAGCAGUUGUUAGCCUGGUGAGCUAACUUGUGCCGUAUAAGAUUGCUGAUAAUACAAAUCUGAAAUAGUUAACUAACAUUAACUAGCCGCUCUUUGUUAACACUAGUUUGGCUCAGGUUUAGUCUGUUUACCAAGUGCUUCUGUAUUGCUAAUGAUAUUAUGCAAUACAAUUUAAACUUGUAUCAUUAACUUAGUAAGCUAACAUCAAUUUGAUAGCUCGAAUAUUGUGCUUACAUUCCUUAGCUAGCAGUGGUUAGCUCACUCGCUAACACUGGUAUACUAGCCCCUCUUUGAGCUGAACAGAUAGCUUCAGUUUUCUGAUUUUCUUUUGCGUACAUCAGCCAUAGAUUGUGUCUGACAUUUUUGUAAUCAGUUGUUAUUUUUAGAGUUUAAAUUAUCGCUGUGUUAGUUUUACUCAUGAUCAUGAAGUGUCUGAUUGAAAUGCAUUAAUAACUGUGAUAAAAAGGUGAGCAGGAGUAUUACCCGUCCAUCCUCAGAGACGACCCCACCUGAAUCUGAGGAUACGUUCAUAUAUUCAGCAGAGGCGUUUUCUGAAUGCACUUUAAUGAAAACUGACUUUCUAACGGACACUGACAGAAUCCUGAAUGAUCCCUGUUCUGAAAGAGGAGAAAUAUUGCUUCAAAAGAAGCGUCUUACAUAUGAAAUAUGUUGAUACUGUUGUCACUCUGCAGCUCUGUUUGCAGGGUGCUCAUAUUUAUGUGUUUGAUCACUUUGUUCAUUUUGAAUAAAGAAACUAACGGACAGUAA